AUGGCACGACAUCCAUGGUACUUACAGGGUCUCACAAGAGCAAAGGCCGCAGAAAUCUUGGCUCGAGAUGGUCCGAACGCCUUGUCGCCUCCAAAAACCACUCCAGAGUGGAUUAAGUUCUGCAAGAAUCUUUUUGGAGGGUUUGCCCUUCUUUUGUGGGUUGGCGCUUUCCUAUGUUACGUCGCUUAUUCCGUCGACUAUUUCACCAUGGAGUAUCCAUCAAAGGACAACCUAUAUCUCGGUAUUGUAUUGAUGACUGUCGUCGUGAUCACCGGAUGCUUCCAGUACUAUCAGGAAAGCAAAUCAAGCAAGAUUAUGGAUUCCUUCAAGAACAUGGUGCCCACUUUUGCUCUUGUCCAUCGUGACGGACAGAAGCAACAAAUUCGAACGGAAGAACUGGUCGUCGGUGACAUCGUCGAAGUGAAAGGCGGUGAUCGUGUGCCAGCCGACAUCCGUAUCAUUUCCGCCUUUGGUUUCAAGGUGGACAACUCGUCACUUACUGGUGAGUCCGAGCCUCAAUCACGUUCUCCCGAUUGCACCAAUGAAAACCCACUGGAAACCCGCAAUAUUGCUUUCUUCUCCACAAACGCAGUCGAAGGAACAGCAAAGGGAAUUGUCAUCUACACCGGAGAUAACACUGUCAUGGGUCGCAUUGCCCAUCUUGCUUCCGGUUUGGACACUGGUAUGACCCCCAUUGCCCGUGAGAUCGAACAUUUCAUUCAUUUGAUCACCGGAGUCGCUGUCUUCCUUGGAGUUUCAUUUUUCAUCAUCGCUUUCAUCCUUGGGUACCACUGGCUGACCGCAGUCGUUUUCCUAAUCGGUAUUAUUGUCGCAAAUGUGCCUGAGGGUCUCAUCGCUACUGUCACCGUAUGUCUCACCUUGACUGCAAAGAGAAUGGCCAGCAAGAAUUGUUUGGUAAAGAAUCUCGAAGCUGUGGAGACUCUUGGUUCAACGUCUACUAUCUGUUCGGAUAAGACUGGAACUCUUACACAGAAUCGAAUGACUGUCGCUCAUAUGUGGUACGAUAGGAUGAUCGAAGAGUGCGACACUACCGAGAACCAGUCUAGUUUAGCAGCUGCUAAGAGUGGACCUACCCUGGAAGCUCUUCUCCGCAUCGCUUGCCUAUGUAACAGAGCCGAGUUCAAGCCUGGGCAACAGGACAUCCCAGUACUUCGACGUGAUUGCACUGGUGACGCAUCUGAGAUUGCAUUGCUGAAGUUCACAGAGCUCACUAUUGGAAAUGUAGUUUCCGCACGUGAGAAAUCUCCGAAAAUUGCUGAAAUCCCCUUCAAUUCUACCAACAAGUAUCAGGUUUCUAUUCAUGAUGUGCCUAAUAGCGAUUCCUACCUGCUCGUGAUGAAGGGAGCUCCUGAGAGAAUCCUUGAUGUGUGCUCUACAAUUCUAAUUAACGGCAAGGAAGAACCACUCGACGAGAAACUCCGUGCUGAUUUCAAUUCGGCCUACCUCGAACUAGGAGGAAUGGGAGAACGUGUCCUUGGGUUCUGCGACUAUUUCCUGCCACCUGACAAGUUCCCGAAAGGUUUCAAGUUUGACACUGAAGAGGUGAACUUCCCCCUGAAGGGAUUGCGAUUCGUUGGUCUCAUGUCUAUGAUUGAUCCUCCACGAGCAGCUGUACCUGAUGCUGUCGCCAAGUGUAGAUCGGCUGGUAUCAAGUUGUUAUGGUCACUGGUGACCAUCCAAUUACCGCCAAGGCUAUCGCCAAGUCUGUUGGUAUCAUCAGCGAGGGAACAGAGACCUGUUGAAGACAUUGCUAUCCGUCGUGGAAUUCCUGUCGAAGAUGUCGAUCCUCGUGAAGCAAAAGCUGCUGUUGUCAUUCGCAAUCACUCGGAAAUCGUAUUCGCUCGUACUUCACCUCAGCAAAAGCUGAUGAUUGUGGAAGGAUUCCAAAAGCAAGGCCAAAUUGUGGCUGUAACCGGUGAUGGUGUGAACGAUUCACCUGCACUGAAAAAGGCCGACAUUGGUGUGGCUAUGGGUAUCGCCGGAUCCGAUGUCUCUAAACAAGCUGCUGAUAUGAUUCUCCUUGAUGAUAAUUUCGCCUCAAUUGUCGUAGGAGUGGAAGAAGGACGUCUUAUCUUCGAUAAUCUCAAGAAGUCCAUCGCUUAUACGCUGACCUCGAACAUUCCUGAAAUCUCACCUUUCCUUACUUACAUUCUGUUCGGUAUCCCACUUCCACUUGGAACAGUCACCAUCCUUUGUAUUGAUCUCGGAACUGAUAUGGUGCCUGCUAUAUCUUUGGCUUACGAAGAAGCAGAAUCCGACAUUAUGAAGCGACAGCCUCGUGACCCCAUCCGUGAUAAACUUGUCAACGAGCGUCUAAUUUCGCUUGCCUACGGGCAGAUUGGUAUGAUUCAGGCAUCGGCUGGAUUCUUCACCUAUUUCUGGAUCAUGGCCGACAAUGGAUUCUGGCCCAAGGAUCUAUACCAGCUUCGUGCUCAGUGGGAUUCUCGUGCGUACAAUAAUGUGCUUGACUCCUAUGGACAAGAAUGGACUUAUGCCAAUCGCAAAAUCCUUGAGUACACUUGCCAAACAGCCUACUUCGUCUCCAUUGUCGUUGUACAGUGGGCCGAUCUCAUCAUCUCUAAAACUCGCCGUAACUCUAUCGUCCAACAGGGAAUGACCAACUGGACUCUCAAUUUUGGUCUUGUAUUCGAAACAGCUCUCGCCUGGUUCAUGUGCUACUGCCCCGGAUUAGAUAAUGGUUUGCGAAUGUACGGAUUAAGGUUCUCGUGGUGGUUCUGCGCUCUGCCGUUCUCUGUGCUGAUCUUCGUGUAUGAUGAAGGCUCGACGCUAUUGCAUCAGAAGAUGGCCAGGAGGAUGGGUGGAGCAUGA